AUGGCUGCUAGUUAUUAUAUCAAAGCAUAUUAUACAAAACCUAAUCAACAACCAGAAAUUCGUCGAUUUACAAUUGACAUUUCACCAGAAAAUGAUGUUUAUAAUGAAUUACAAACAAAAGUUGCAUCACAUUUACCAAAAAAUCAAUUACAAGAUAUUCUUCUUCAAUAUAAUGAUGAAGAAAAUGAACAUAUUACAUUUAGUUCAAAUGAUGAAUUACGUUCAGCUAUUGCCUUAAAUAAAGAUACAAAAACUUUAAAAAUUUAUGUGACAGUAAAUCAAUCAAUCUCUGAACAUGAACAGCAUGAACAACAACAACAACCAGACAAUACCACUAAUAAAGAGUGUCAUCCUGGAGUUCAAUGUGAUGGUUGUAAUGGUCCAGUUAUAGGUUUUCGUUAUAAAUGUUUUGUUUGUCCAAAUUAUGAUUUAUGUGAAAAAUGUUCAUCAGCUGGUAUUCAUUCUGAACAUAAUAUGAUUAAAAUAACAAAACCAAGUAGUUUUCCUCAUCCUCAUGGUCAUCAUCAUCAUCAUCGUCAUCAUCAUCCCCAUAUGCCUCCACCACCACCCCCACCACCAUUUAUACCAAAUCAAGAUUAUCUUGAAAAAAUUCAAGCACAAAUUCCUCAAUGGUUACCAAAUCGUCAUAAUACUGCUCAUUUUCGAGCACAUGUGCAACAACAUCUUGAUUCAUUAAAAGCAAAUACUCAAACACAAAUGCAAAAUUCAAAACAAUAUCUUGAAAGUGUUGGACAAUAUUUACAACAAGCAUUAUCACCAUUUGGUAUUGAUUGUGAUUAUCAUGUUGAUGAAUCAAAAUCAACAACAAGUAAUCAACAACAAGAAGAGCAAGUUAUAAUAACAAAUGAACAACAGGAAGAACCAAUUUCAACAACAACAACAACAACAACAACAAAUAGUAUGUCUACAACAGAUUCAAAUGUAACAUCAAAUUCUUCAGAUGUAACACAAAUUAAUAAUAAUCAAGAACAUGAUGCAAGUUCAAUAAUACCACCCGUUGAAAGUUCAACUAAAAUAAGAACUCCAUUAGAACAAGCUAUUGAGGAUUGUAUGGAAAGAAUGCAAUCCAUGGGUUUUAUUGAUGCUAAUGGAGCAUUACGUGAACUUAUUCAAACAAAACAAGGCGAUAUUAAUUUAGUACUUGAUGCAAUUAAUCCACGCCAUUAUCAACCAUAA